AUGCCCGAUGUAAAUAAUGUUAUAAAAUUAUUCUUAGCUAACCCAAAAUAUUGGCGAAAAAGGAUUUACUAUCAAAAAUACUAUUACAUAAUUCAGUUAAACCUGUUGGAAUAAAAAGAUUGCUGCUACCUCUGAUCUUGAACAUUUUAUUAAAGAAAUUGAAAAGGAUGCAAUCUCAUAUAUACUGUCUUAAAUAUCGCCUUCACACGAAUUUUCAUUUUGA